UAACUCUGUGGUUUAAAAAUAGCUGAUCAGACUGGAUUUAUAAGGAAACUACAGUGAAGGCGCUUAAAGCUAAACUACACUGAUGACAUUUUGGUCUCCUCCCAUUAACUGACACAACAAACCGGUCAAAUCAGACCGACAACUUCACAAGUUCUGCGUGUUAAACAGUUUGUCGGAUUAAUUCUUUACACAAGGAAACCCACAAGUCUAAAUUCACUACUUUUUAACUACAGUACUUAUAGUUUCAUUCAAAGAAAUAAACAAAUUCAUCUCCAGUCAGAAUGGACCCCAAGAAGAAUAAUGUUUUUUCCAAACUGCGAGAUAAAACCAAGCCCCUGUUUAAUGUGAAGGUGGGGAAGAAAGCUAAGAAGACUCCCCUGAAAUACAGGAGGAGCAUUUCAGUACCAGACUUGCGUUGUGAUCAGUCCAUGCCAUCUCUUCUAGACUCAACUGUUCAGUCUUCAUUCCCAGACUCAUUUGUUGGACCAAUGCAUUUAUUGGUUCAUGAUGAAACAAAGUAUGAAACCUCUAGCCUAACUGACAGCCUCACUGCCACAGACACAACAUUAUCUGCAAAGACCACUGACUCAUACACUGUCCCAGAAUCCCCAUUUUCAAAAAGGUGUCUGGGCCUGUACAGUGCUUCAGUCACUCCUUUGGAUCAAAUUAUUACCCCAAAUACAGUCCGGAACCUGGACCAGUUUACUCCCCCGUACACACCACCAGCAAGCAUGUGUUCAGCAUCAGAAAGGCCAGCAUUUAUCAGUGUACCUGCCACAAAAGAUAAACCAGACAAACGGAUGGAGGAUCGGGAAAAAAACACCAAAUGGUACAUAGAGGACAGUGAGUCAGCUUGCAGCACACCAUCUGAGGACCGCUCCUACAUCUGGCCUCCUGAGCAUGAGCUGACAGUGUUAGAGCCCUUUACACCAAGGUCCACAGAGAUGUUUAUCAUUGGAUCAGCCGAGGACAAGAACGAAAUUACCAACGAGACCAAUGACUAUGACACCAACUUCUCAGGAAGAGAAAUUAAAAGCCCAGGAUUAAGCAGUGAAGCCCAGGUUACUCCAGCAGGUCAGAAACUUCAUUAUCUCCUCACCAUCAACUUGAAGGAGGGAAGAAACCUGGCCAUCAAAGACCGCUGUGGUACCAGUGACCCGUAUGUCAAAUUCCAAAUAAAUGGCAAGACAGUCUACAAAAGCAAAGUUGUAUACAAGAACCUUAAUCCUGCAUGGAACGAGUGUUUCUCCAUGUCUAUCAGGGACCUUGAGCAGAAUGUCUAUGUUAAGGUGUACGACCGGGAUUUGAGAUCUCGGGACUUCAUGGGUUCAAGCGCCAUCACUCUCAGUAACUUGGAGUUGGACAAAACAUCUGAGAUGAUCUUGCGUUUGAAAGACCCUGGCAGUCUGGAAGAGGACAUGGGAGUAAUAAUCUUAGACGCCUGUGUGUCCAUCUGUGAGGGGCCCACCAAACGAAAUAAAUGGCCACUUAAGAGGAAAGGAAGCUUCAAUAAGGGUCAGCUUCGAGCGGCUGCCAUGCAGAAAAGCCAAGUGUGGAAUGGGGUAUACACUGUGGUGCUUGUGGAGGGGCAGGACAUGCCUGAAGGUGGCCAAGGGGAUGUCUUUGUCCGCUUCAAACUGGGGGAUCAGAGGUUCCGAAGUAAGAAUCUGUGCAUUAAGACCAAUCCACAGUGGAGGGAGAAGUUUGAAUUCAACCGUUUUGAGGAUGGACAACCAGAUGUGCUGCUGGUCGAGCUCUACUGCAAGAAGGGCAGAAAGUGUGAGGAAUGCUGGGGAGUGAUUGAACGUGAUCUCUCACAGCUGCCAGCCAAUACAACACAGACAUUCAAUAUGAUUACAGGCAAAGGUCGGCUGGUGUUUCUGGUCACACAGCACCCCUGUUCUGGAGUCUCUGUAUCUGAGAUGAGCUCCACAUUCUUAGAAAAUCCAAGCACCUAUGAAAGCACCCUCAAGAAAUAUAGUCUGAAGAACACACUGGAUAAUCUACAGGAUGUUGGCUAUCUCCAGGUCAAGGUUUUACGGGCUACAGACCUAUCAUCUACAGAUCUGAAUGGUAAGAGUGACCCAUUUUGUGUGCUGGAACUUGGGAACAGCAAGCUGCAAACUCAAACCAUCUAUAAAACCCUCAAUCCAGAAUGGAGAACAGCAUUUACACUUCCAGUUAAGGAUAUCCACGAUGUCCUUAUGCUGACUGUUUUUAGUGAAGAUGGAGACAAAGCACCAGACUUUUUGGGGAAAAUUGCUAUUCCUUUGCUUACUGUUUCUAAUGGACAACAAGUAACAAGUCUUUUGAAAAAGUACAAUUUGGAAGACACAUCGAAAGGAAGCAUUACACUGGAGAUGAAAAUUUUCUACAACCCAGUCAGAGCUGCCAUCCGUACCUUCCACCCCAAAGAAACAAAACUUGACGAGGAUAACCCAAAGUUCAAUAAGAAGCUGCUAGCACGCAACAUUUACCGCGUGAGGAGGAUCAGCAUGGCCAUUCUGUAUACGCUGCAGUACAUUAAGAGCUGCUUUCGUUGGGAGAGCACUCAGAGGAGCAUCAUUGCUUUCCUGAUCUUUGUAUUGACAGUGUGGCACUUUGAGCUGUUCAUGUUGCCUCUCUUCCUCCUGCUGCUCAUCGGCUGGAACUAUUUCCACAUCACGGCAGGCGUAGGCAGCCACAGUCAGGACCUGGAGAGCAUUUCUGCUGCAGAGGAAGAAGAUGAAGAUGAAAAGGGGCUGAUAUAGACUCUCCUUGCACUGUCUGGGGAAAGAGACUGCUUUUUAAACACAAACACAGGCACCACUCAUCCUCCCCUCAAUCACAUGCCUCGCCUACCCACAUCCCCCACUCUUUGACUCGCCACUCUCUCUAGAUGUCAUUAUUCCUGUCAUUAUUCUGUCCUUUUGAUGUGGGGCUUCUUGGCUCCCUUUAGCUUACAUUACUCCUGUUAUCUCUAGCUCUCUGCAUCCCUUUGCCUCUGGAGAGCUCCAAGACCAGGGCUUCAUUGCUGGAGGAAUCUCUGAUGGGAUCAUUCUACUUUGGAAUUGAGAUUAUACUCGCAAUCUUCCCUAAGUAAAAUGGACAGCCUCCACACAAAAGUCCAUUUUGUGUGUGUGUCUGAAUUACACUGCAACCCGAUACUCCAUGAUGCAUCAAGUGCAAAACGGCAAUGGGAUUUCCCAUUCCUCUCAUAUUAAGUAAAAACAUCACUCUGCAUUAUAAGAUUAUGUACACUCCCGCAAGUUCACUUACAUAAGAUCACAGACAGUAAUAGAUUUAUCUUUCAAGUGCAACGCUACACUCAAUCUCGCUGAUAGCCCUCGCACUGAGAAGUGUGAUAUCUUCUGGUGUGCACUCUACAAAAACAAGCCAACACUUGUCCAGUGUAGAGUUGUGGAUUGGACUCUCUCUCUCUCUCUCUCUCUCUCUCUUUCUCUCUCUCUCUCUCUCUCUCUCUCUCUGUCUCUCUCCCACACACACACAUCACUGUGUGUUCAUCCUGAUUGCUGAUGGCCAUUUUUUUCUUUCAACACUUAAUGUUUGAUUGUGAUGCUGUUCUAUUGUUUGGGGUUGAAAAAGCUGAAUUUCUACUUACUCAGACUCUGAGAAACACAGUAAGUUGCUCAUUUUGUAAAGCGCCCCAACACUGAGGAGAUUCAAAGUUGCAGUUGCUCAUUACAGACCAUUGAGCAGAUGAAUUACUUUUGAUAGCACACUGGAAAUAAACCUCUCUUUAUCUGCCGUUUUCCAGUGACUGACAUCCCUCAUCACUUUUA